AUGAGAAGCUAUCAGACAAUGCUAAACAAUGGUGAAACCUUUCCAAUUAUAGGUAUGGGGACUUACUCGGGCGAAAACGAUAGAGAAACAACUGAGAGAGCCAUUAGAACGGCGAUCAAGAUGAGUUACAGACAUUUUGAUACAGCGAAAAUAUACGGUUCAGAGCCGGCUGUGGGAAAUGCAUUAAGACGAGCAAUUCAUGAUGGAUUGGUUGAAAGAGAAGACAUUCAUGUCACCUCUAAGCUUUGGUCAAGUGAUCACCAUGAUCCUCUUUCUGCUCUUCAACAAACUCUACAGAGGUUAGGGAUGGAAUACAUAGACAUGUAUUUGGUGCAUUGGCCAGUGGCUUUGAAGCCAUGGGUGGAUUAUCCAAUUCCGGCAGAAGAAGAUUUCGAGGAAUUGGACAUGGAGAACACCUGGUCUGGUAUGGAGAGGUGCUUAGAGAUGGGCUUGUGUAGGUCCAUCGGGGUCAGCAAUUUUUCUUCCACAAAAAUACAAGACCUGCUAGACUUUUCUUGUGUCACUCCCGCUGUCAAUCAGGUGGAAAUGCAUCCAAUGUGGAGGCAACGCAAGUUGAGGGCAGUAUGUAUGGAGUAUGGGAUUCAUGUAAGUGCAUAUUCACCUUUAGGUGGUCCUGGUAAUGCAUGGGGGACUACUUCUGUCGUUGAUCAUCCCAUCAUCCAAUCCAUUGCCCACAAGCAUAAUGCAACUCCAGCUCAAGUUGCUCUAAGAUGGGGCUUGUCUCAAGGAGCAAGCGUUAUAGUGAAGAGCUUCAAUGCACGAAGAAUGAAAGAGAAUAUAGGAGCCCUUCAAUUGAAAUUAGAUGAAUGGGAUUUACAUGACAUAAACAAAAUGGAGGAGAGGAAGAUCAUGAGGGGAGACUGGCUAUCUAAUGAUACUACAAGCCCUUACAGAACUGUCCAAGAACUUUGGGAUGAUGAGAUUUAA